AUGGAUCCCUCAGGUGCUACCGGAGGCCCUUCACAGACCCAGCCACGCUCUCGCAAGCGCGGUCGCCAGACCCGCGUGUCGGAAGCUGGAAAUGCGACGGCUUCUGCCCCGCUGGCCCCCGUCCCACAGGUGCCCCAGGGCUGGGGUCCCGCCACUGUGACAAAUGGUCACCAUGGUCAGACCGUGCGUGCGCCCGUCGACACCGUGCCCACUCAACAACAGCCUACCUUUCCUUCGCAGCAGCUUGAUAGAUCGCAUCAGGUCGCAGAGCCCGAGGGAUUGAUGAACGGCUAUAGCGCCAACCCGCAGCACACACAGUAUCCCGACCCGCAGCCCACGCUCGCGCCAGCACCGCAGCCUGACACGUCGGGCCUGACCGGUCUGAGCGAACUUGCUGGCGACCAUCAUCACCAACAACACGCGCAGCACGGCCAGCACGGCCAGCAGCACCAUCAGACUCAGCAUCAGCAGCUUCAACAGCAGCAACAGCAGCAGCAACAGCAGCAGCGCGCCGCCGCUGCCGCUGCCAAUAAGCCUGAUCGCAUCAUUUUCCAGCACCAGUACGGUGCUCCUCAUCCCACUAGCAACUCGUCCCCGACCUCCGUGGCGAACCCGUCUUCUGCAUCGGCUAGCUACAACAACAUCUCGUCGUGGCCUGUGUCCGACGCCAACCAGGCGCCGCAGCCGCAGCCUUCUGCGCCCUCGUCCGCUUCGAUGCCUCCGCAAUCGCCCGCGCUGGGCUCCUCCGCCGGCCUAGCUCCGCCGCCGGAGGGGAUCUACCGCACCUUUGACGACCUCCUCUCGUCGGUACAACGCACUGCCAAAGAGCAGGGCUACAGCAUUGUCAAGCUUCGGGCCAGUAACUAUCGUGAUAGCAAACCCACGCGCUACGAUCUUGUAUGCGACCGCGGCGGUGUUAAGUACAGCAGCACUGCCAAGAAGCGCAACCCCAGCACCCGCAAGGUCGAUUGUCCAUGGCGCGCAAAGGCCGUGUGUGAGGUGAACCUCGGACAUCAGUGGCGCUUUGUCGUGCAAGAACCCCGCCAUAACCACGAGGCCCGCGUCCCCGCCGCCGUGCCGGGUCAAGAAAACACGCCUGUCGCACAGAGCCUCAGGAGCUUGACCAACAAGGUCGACCGUAUGGCCCAUGAGGUCGCGCAGGGCAUGAAUCGGCUCGAGAGCGUGAUCGUGUCGCGCUUAGACAACAUUGAGAAGCGGCUCGAGGCCCUCGAAGGCGGCCGGUCGGCCAUGCUCGGCGGCAACGGUGUGCCUCAGAUGGGCGCCCCGAGCAUGCCUCCUGCCAACAUGGGCGGCAACAGCCUUGGCAACAACUCGUUAACGAACGGUGGCAUGCAACCUCUCGUGGACGGCCGGCUAGGCGGUGUCGAGAGCCGCCUCGGUCAGAUGGAGCCGCGCAGCUUGGAUGGCCUGCAGAUGAUGGAUGACGACACGAGGGGUCUAUCGAUGAUGGUCAACUCGUAG